CGGUCUCUCUGCGGCCAUCCUCCUGCCUUUCUACUCCCUCGUUGCAACCCUCUCGGGCCCUGUCUGGCCGCUCUACUUCCCAACCAUGACUUCCCGGCGCCAGGCUGACCUCGAGGACCUCCGCGUAGACAUGCACCACCGCACAGAGUCCAGCGAACCUUUGUUGUACGACUCUCCCUCCUCGCCGCGGACACCAUGGUCGCCAGCCUUCUCAUUCCCUAAGCCUAAACCUCUCCUCGCUAAUGCCUCCCUACGCCGUCUCCUCAUUAUCGUUGCAUCGUUCUCCAUCAUCACUAUCCUCGCGUUCGCAUCCAUCUCCUUGCUUUCCGCAUCUUCCCUUGCUAUCGAAUCCGUUACACAUGCCGACCCAUCACCGUCGCAACCAGAGGCCCCCCAGUCUGAUGCCGUCCUGUAUGACAAUGAUACGACCCCAUACUCACCGUAUGUUCUUGGACCACCGACCGAGAGUUUCCGCGACAACCUACGCGACGAUGUGCAGUACAUCACAUCCUGGAUCUCAGCUGGCUGGACUAACGACGUCAUGACCUACAUGAAUCUCAUUUACCUCGGCGUCAUCACAAGUCGCGUCCCCAUUGUUGGGAUGUUUACAGCGUCCCAUGUCGUGGGAGGCGAGAACGUGCCGUUCGGCGAUGUAUUCGACGUGCCGCGCUUCAUCAACGAGUCUGGUAUCGACAUCCUGGAAUGGAGAGAAGUCAAGGAUCCCGAGAGCGAGGUUCUCGAUGACAUCGGCUGCUGGAACGUUUGGGAGGUGACAAAUCCUUCGGAACCGCAGCCCAGAGGUAGCUGGGUUCCGUUCCAUCUUCGCCUAGACAUCUCCUAUACCCGUGCUCCGGAAUGGGUGAAGUUGAUCCCGAACUACGUCCAUAGCAGGUCGGCCGCGUUCUGGCAGCUGGCAAGGCUAGCCUUCCGCGAAGAACUCGAACGCCCAGAGAAUCUCGUGUCAAACCUCCCAUCACCGGAGCAUCAGGUGCAGCUGCCCCCUGAUGAGCAGGUGGUCUGCUAUGACUACCUGUACUACGUUGUUGCGCAAAGGGAUGACGAGUUUGAGCAUGACUUUGCCCCCGCUUGGCGAUUCGUUGGGGCGUACAUGCACUGGACUCCGGAACUCCAAGAGCUCGCAUAUGCUUACGUGCGACGGGCUUUCGGUCUUGAAGAUGGUGCUGAAGUACCUCCUUACAUUGCCAUACACCAACGUCAUGGUGAUUUCAAGAACUGGUGCACUGACCCGGACAACACGGAGGACUGCUUCGCCCCGAUCUCCGUCAUACAGAGGCGUGUUCGGGAAAUUCAGGAUGAGAUCAGGUUGCGCAAGGGUAUAGACAUACCGGACACCCAUGUGAUCCUCACUAGCGACGAGAAGGACCAGGCUUGGUGGGACGAGGUGACUGCCCUCGGAUGGGUGAAGAUUGACCAUGACGCCUGGGAGACCGAACAGAACUACGGAAAGUGGUACCCUGUAUUCCUCGAUGCAGCGAUCCAGUCAAGUGCCAUGGGCUUCGUCGGCACGGACCGCUCGACUUAUUCGACAGUUUCACGGCGGCGCGUGGAAGAUUGGCAAGAUGGCGCGACGCGUACGAUCAAGUGGGGCUACAAGGGUGCUGACGACCACUAAGGCCGGAGGCUGCGAGUGGUCGCCGAAGACCCGUCUCAGGGUGUCCGACCGUCGUGCCUGUCGGUGCUCCUCAAUCGCAAUGCAGUUG